AUGUCUCUAGUACCCACUGCUUUAUAUACGUCACCAAGUGAGUCCAAGCCUGUCUCGUUGACUCCAGGGGAUGGACCUCACUCCACAGAUGGCAAAACCACACAAAUAUCAGAUAUAGUCAUCAAGGCUGGAGGGCAUGACAAAGACAAACCUACUGCCGCCAAAGACACUCCUUUGGGUCAUCUCCGAGCAGAGUUGACCACUUUGCAAGAUAGACUUAAUGAAUUCUUGACGCAAAAGAUGUCCAACAAACGGAAAUUGGAUGAUGAUGACGAUAUUGAGAGGAGAAUUCUAGACGAUGGAGUGGAUGAAGACAGCGAUUAA